GAAUUCGACAAGAGCAGGAUGUAUACAUACGUCUUAUUGAUUCCGUCACUAAACAGGCAAUUGUGUACGAAGGACAAGAUAAAAACCCGGAGAUGUGCCGUGUCUUGCUCACUCAUGAAGUGAUGUGCAGCCGGUGUUGUGAGAAGAAAAGCUGCGGUAAUCGUAACGAAACCCCUUCAGAUCCGGUAAUAAUUGACAGAUUUUUCCUCAAAUUCUUCAUGAAGUGCAAUCAAAAUUGUCUCAAGAACGCCGGUAACCCAAGAGACAUGAGGAGAUUUCAGGUAGCCAUCUCCACCUCCACCGCUGUUGACGGGCCGUUGUUAGCCGUCUCUGACAACAUGUUUGUACAUAAUAACUCCAAGCACGGCCGACGAGCCAGGAGAUUGGAUCCUACAGAAGGAGCUACACCCUGCAUCAAGGCUAUUUGUCCCAGUGAAGGUUGGACAACCGGUGGUACAACGGUCAUCCUCAUCGGAGAUAACUUCUUUGAUGGCCUUCAAGUUGUCUUUGGUACCAUGUUGGUCUGGAGCGAGUUAAUAACAUCACACGCCAUUAGAGUGCAGACUCCACCCCGGCAUAUCCCUGGAGUAGUGGAGGUGACUUUGUCUUACAAGUCGAAGCAGUUCUGCAAGGGAGCUCCAGGCAGGUUUGUCUAUACAGCAUUAACAGAACCCACCAUUGACUACGGCUUUCAGAGGUUGAUGAAACUCGUCCCUCGACAUCCGGGUGAUCCUGAUCGAUUACCUAAAGAGAUCAUACUCAAAAGGGCAGCAGAUCUAGCAGAAGCCUUAUACAGCAUGCCCAGAAACCCCAACCAGCUAUCCUUGUCUAGCUCCCGGUCCCCCGCCAUGAACAAUUCAGCAAUGUCCGGCUUCAACGCCUACCCGAGCCAACUGGCUGUCAGCGUUGGUGAUUCCGGUGUCAACACACAAUGGGACGACGGGUACACUCGAUCCCAGAGUUCUAGUGUGUCCCCGCGGGGCUAUGGCUCCAACGGAUCCACCCCACACAGCGUCAAUGGCGGGUACGGGACCUCGUCUAUGAAUGGGUAUCAUGGUGGACCAGGACCUCUAGGGAAUAUGGGACUUGAUCAUUUUCUUAGAGAUGAGGCAAGCCGAAUUGGAGCAG